AAACAGCUCCGCUUCGAAUCUAGUUGGAAUACUAAAUAUUCCUAUUGGAAUGUCAGCUGGAAAACACGAAGUCGUGUAAUGUUUUUAUUUUUCGCUUCUUAUCAUCACAGUGGGUUAAUUUUUCAAUUUAAGAGAAGUAUUGAAGAGCACUUACAAAAAAUCGUUCGAACGGACCCAACAAAAUCCAUGCCAAACAAUGUCUAUUUCAAUACAGUUGGAGGACCUGGAGUUUAUCGAGUCAGAGCUACAUUUCGAUGAUAAGAUCUCCCUUCUGUUCCUACUCUACGGACACCGGAACCCAAAAUAUCUCCUGCAAAUUUUAACCGUCGCCAUCCGAGCUCCCGAUGCCGCUACGCAGUUCCUCCCGGAGUGGGCAACCCGUGCGACCAAAAGUGAGCCGAAUGGCACCCGCUGGCCAUCGGAGCUGCUGGAAGCGUUGGCCAUCGUGCAAGCAAAUCUGUGUCUCCUGAAAUGCGGCUUCGAUGACGAGGAGCUUCGUGGACAGUUUCUACCGCACGUUCCGGAGCUAGCCGUCCACGUGCAUCCGGUUCUCAAGGGGUUGUUCCUGCUGUGUGAGAAGAUGGAUCGAGCGACCAGUGCGAGGCUGGUGGAUUAUCUCCAGCAGAACCACGCUCCGACAGUGAUGAAAUCGGAGUUCCUCGAGAUGGUUCUGCUGGAUUUGAUCGAGCAAGAUUUGGUGAAGUUGGGUUCAAAGGAAGAUAGUCAAAUGUGUGAUCUGCAGGUAUUGAUAGCCGCUUUCAAAGGUCUGGAGUUAGAACGUUUGAAAGACUUUUGCAAAAGUAUCGAAAACAGUUUCAAUAAGGAUUUGCAAUCGACUGAAAAUCAGUCGGAUAACGCCAAAAGUACACCAGUAGCAGAGGCGAAAAGCCCAGUGGCUGAGAAUAGCGACCAGUUGGAGAAAUAUGUGAUAACAUGGAAGAAUGCAGGUCUGAUCUUGAUCGUGAACCAGUUUCAAUUCUUUCGAGACAGCGAUCCUGACCUCGCGGAACUACUUCCGCCGCAACAGCUAAAAAACCGACGCGGAACAGAAGUAGAUAAAAUGGCCAUUCUGAAUCUGUUCACCAGCCUUGGAUACGAGCCGGUUGUGGUAGAAAAUAUACCCCAUUUGGAAAUACUGAAUCAGGUGGAACAAGCUGUGGAACGGGUUCAGCAGUGCCACUGUUCGCUGGUUGUUUGCCUCCUGUCACAUGGCCAGGAGGGCAAAGUCUACGGAAGUAACAGCAUUCCGGUUAGUGUGAAAACGAUCGAGCGGAAAAUGGCAGCUAGGAAGCUGACCGGGAAACCGAAGCUUCUGUUUGUUCAGGCGUGCCAGGGUUCGGGUCUGCAGACGGCUGUUGACGUGCCUCCCAGGUUGGAGCACGAUGGUCCAUCUUCGGAAACGACGGCAUCGGUCUAUGUGGACUUUCUGGUGGCUUGGUCCACCGUGCCAGGAUUUGCCUCGAUUAGGCAUAUAGAAAAGGGGUCGUGGUUUAUUCAGGAACUGUGCGCGAAGAUUAGGCAACUAUACGAAAGGGAUCAUUUGAUGGAUAUCCUGACGGCUGUGAUAAACGACGUUUCGGCCAAACGAGGCUACGAAAAUGAAUGCAUGGUGCCUAUUAUUUAUACUACUUUAAGAAAGAAAUUGUAUUUUGAAGCUUUAAAAACUAAUAAAGAUGGAACAACUUGA